GCCAGGGCCAGGCGGUGCAAGGGGAGGAGUUGGGAGGAUGGGCGCCAUCUUCCCGGCGAGGGCCGCUUGCGGACUACAUUUCCCAGAGACCCCCGCGAUGACCGGGCGGCCGCUGCGUUUGCCUGCGGAAUUCUCGGCCUCCAGGGAAGGAAAAGUGCGCGGCGAGGGGCCUAGGCACCCGGGACUCCACUAGGCUGCGCAGCUCUGCCCUUCCAGAGGUAUCCAGAGGAAGAAAGAGAAAUGACUGUUGACCAAGCCAAAUUAUAAGGAGAGAUGACAAUGUCCUAAAAUUACACUGUGGAGAACAGCCUUGAGGAGGAGUGAUCGUCUCCUGCAAUACUGAAAGCCAUGGCUGAGGGAUCAGUGGUGUUCAAUGAUGUGUCCAUAGACUUCUCUCAGGAGGAGUGGGAGUGCCUGAACUCUGCUCAGAGGGACUUGUACAGAGAUGUGAUGUUGGAAAACUAUAGCAAUCUGGUUUCCAUGGGACUUUACAUUCCUAAGCCUCAAGUGAUCUCUUUACUGGAGCAAGGGAAAGAGCCCUGGAUGGUGGGCAGAGAGCUUACAAGAGGCCUGUGUUCAGACCUGGAAUCAAUGUGUGAAAGCAAGUUAUUAUCUCUAAAGAAAGAAGUUUAUGAAAUAGAGUCAUGCCAGAGGGAGAUAAUGGGACUUACAAAACCUGGCCUUGAGUACUCCAGCUUUAGAAAUGUGUUAGAAUAUAAAAGCCACUUUGCCAGACAACUGGGAUAUCAGAAUGGGCAUCUAAGUCAAGAAGUAUUCUCUCAUGAAUACGUACCCACAUUUAUUCAACAGUCUUUCAUUACUCUACGUCAAAUAAUUAAUAAUGAAGAAAAACCCUAUGAAUGUAAGAAAUGUGGAAAGACCUUUAGCCAGAACUCACAAUUUAUUCAACAUCAGAGAAUUCAUAUUGGUGAAAAAUCUUAUGAAUGUAAGGAGUGUGGGAAAUUCUUUAGUUGUGGCUCACAUGUUACUCGACAUCUGAAAAUUCAUACUGGUGAAAAACCCUUUGAAUGUAAAGAAUGUGGAAAGGCUUUCAGCUGUAGCUCAUACCUUUCUCAGCAUCAGAGAAUUCAUACUGGUAAGAAACCCUAUGAAUGUAAGGAAUGUGGGAAAGCCUUUAGUUAUUGCUCAAAUCUCAUUGAUCACCAGCGAAUUCACACUGGCGAAAAACCCUACAAAUGUAAAGUAUGUGGGAAAGCCUUUACUAAGAGCUCACAACUAUUUCAGCAUGUGCGGAUUCAUACAGGUGAGAAACCCUAUGAAUGUAAGCAGUGUGGCAAAGCCUUUACUCAGAGCUCAAAGCUUGUUCAGCAUCAGAGAAUCCACACUGGUGAGAAACCCUAUGAGUGCAAGGAAUGUGGCAAAGCCUUCAGCAGUGGCUCAGCGCUUACUAACCAUCAGAGAAUCCACACUGGGGAGAAACCCUAUGAUUGCAAGGAAUGUGGGAAGGCUUUUACUCAGAGCUCACAACUUCGCCAACAUCAGAGAAUUCAUGCUGGUGAGAAGCCCUUUGAAUGUCUCGAAUGUGGGAAGGCUUUCACUCAGAACUCACAACUUUUCCAGCAUCAGAGAAUCCAUACAGAUGAAAAACCGUAUGAGUGUAAUGAAUGUGGGAAGGCUUUCAAUAAAUGUUCAAACCUUACUCGCCAUUUGAGAAUUCACAGUGGUGAGAAGCCCUAUAACUGUAAGGAAUGUGGGAAGGCCUUUAGUAGUGGCUCAGAUCUUAUUCGUCAUCAGGGAAUUCAUACUAACCAAUAACAAAAAUAUGGCUCUUGUCACCUUAAUAUUUUAGACAAAAAUUCAUAUUUGGUAGUUACCAUCUUUCACUAUGUUUUUUUCAUACGUAAGUUUUCAGUCCAAAUGCAUUUCACUGUAGGAUAUGAAUUCAGAGCUUAAAUUGACAUCUCCUCCAUAUUGUACCAAUGCCAGUUUCCGAAUUAUUUGGUGCUAUGUUAUAUUCUUGUUUAUAUUUGCUCCUGUUUUAGCAUUCUUUUUUUUCUGAUAUUUGUUCUUGCAUUAGUAUCACAUUGUUUAAAUUGCAGCCUUUCAUAAUUUGAAAUUCCUUGUGGAAUUAUAACUUUGUUUUUGUUAACCUUUUCUUUCAUUUCACAAGUUUAUAUUUUUAUUAUAAAAAAUAAUCAGAAAACAUAAAAAGGCAGAAGGUAAGAAUGCCAAAAUUAACUGUAAUUAUGCCAUAUGGAUGACAGUUCUCAAUUUGGUAGAACAAAUUCUCUAGACUUCAUAUUUUAAAGAAGCGUAGUCAUGGCAUGUAUGCCAUGUCUUCAUGCCAAACACAUAAUUGCCAUUUUGGUAAAUAUAGAUUUUUAUUAUUUUUAAUGACAUGUAACUUUUUAAAAUGACUAUUAUUCAAGUUAGGGUUGCCUAUAAAUUUUUAUAAUUAUGUACACUUUUUAGAUGCAUGUUUUUUUCUUUUAAAACAUUUAAUUGCUGAAAUUAAUCAUAUUUUCUUUUUGUAAACUAUUUUGUUCCUUUUCAUUAAUCCAAAUCCUAAUGCCAUACUGGAAAAGUAAUCACUAUUACAAAAAUGUUUAUUCUUCCAGAUUCUUAACAAAAUUUUUCUUAUAUAUGUUACCUGUUUUUUAUUUUUUAUGUAUAAAUAUAUACAAUCAUGUGUAUGUAUUGGUUUGCUAUGAGGACUCAAUGAAUUGAUAUAAGGAACUUAGAUCUAUUCCUACCAACUAGUAUAUGUUUAAUAAACAUUUUUUUCUCUAUUA